AUGGAGAACGAGGAAGCUCCCGCGUAUAAUUUUGGGGGCUGGUGCACGGAGAAGCUCGGUGGACGAUGGAGGCUAGUGUAUGUGAGAGUGGCACAUCGAUGGAACGUGGGCACUGUGGGCAAAAAGUGUGGUUGUUUGGCGAACGUAGAGCAGAUACAUCUACAAGACAAGUCAAACGUUGAGUAUAGAAAAGCCGUAAGAUUGUUUGCAUAUGAGAUAGAAGGAGCAUUAGGGCAGUCACAUGGUGUCUGCGCACAUAUCACGCCACACAACGUCAACAACCAGAGAACAGAUUGCUUGGACCUCUCCAAUAGUCACAGAGAUAUUAAAGAGCUAAAGUUGGGGUGCUCUAGUGUGGGCCGCGGGGGCCAGUGUAGCGUGUGUACAUGGGGAGUGAGAUAUCCAGAGAAACGGUCGGAAGAGUGGACUUGGAAGGGCGCCGUGGAUUGUCGGGCUCGGUAG